UGAACGACAUGGCGUUUUUUUCUUAAACCUUCUGUAGUCAAAUACUUCUCCAAAAACUUCCUGCACUUGCUCGAGCUUCCACCUUGUUCAGCCAUGGCGAACCUUCCAAUCGUCCAAUUCGAAGAGAAAAUCAUCAAAACAGUGGAACAGAAUCCGGUGGUCGUAAUCAUCGGAGAGACAGGUUCGGGAAAAAGCACGCAGCUUUCUCAGAUGCUUCGCCGGAGUGGCUACUCUAAAUCUGGAAUCAUCGGCGUCCCCCAGCCCCGCCGCGUCGCCGCCGUCUCCGUCGCGAGACGUGUUGCGCAGGAGCUUGGUGUUCGUCUCGGGGAAGAAGUUGGAUACGCCAUAAGAUUUGAAGAUAGAACUUCGGAAAAAACCUGCAUUAAAUACCUAACUGAUGGAGUUCUUCUUCGCGAAAGCUUGGCUAAUCCAAUGCUUAAUCAGUAUUCGGUGAUAAUACUUGACGAAGCUCAUGAAAGGAGUCUCAACACGGACAUAUUGUUGGGACUUGUGAAGCAUUUGAUUACUAUUAAAAAAUCAAAUUUAAAGAUUCUUAUCACUUCAGCAACGCUUGAUGGUGAAAAGGUUUCGAAGUUCUUUUCGGAUUGCCCAGUACUGAAUGUCCCCGGGAAGCUGUACCCAGUUGAAAUAUUGUACAGCAAAGAGCGCCCUAAAAGCUAUCACGAAUCAGCUUUGAAAAAAGCUCUGGAUAUCCAUGUUCGGGAACCAGAAGGGGAUGUCCUAAUAUUUAUGACCGGGCAGGAUGAUAUAGAGAAGUUGGUAUCGAAAUUAGAAGAUAGAAUAAGAAGCCUGGAAGAAGGAUCGUGUAUGGAUGCGAUAAUCCUUCCCCUUCAUGGUUCUUUGCCACCUGAAAUGCAGGUUCGUGUAUUUAGUCCUCCACCCCCAAACUGUAGGAGAAUAAUUGUUGCCACGAACAUUGCUGAGACUUCCUUGACCGUGGAUGGUGUUGUGUAUGUUAUUGAUUCUGGUUAUGUGAAGCAACGGCAGUACAACCCAUCAACCGGAAUGUACUCCCUUGACGUUGUUCAAAUUAGCAAAGUACAAGCUAAUCAACGUGCAGGGCGAGCUGGAAGAACACGUCCUGGGAAGUGCUAUCGACUAUACCCUUCCUCCGUUUACAAUGAUGAAUUCCUGGAUGUAACAGUUCCUGAAAUACAGAGAUGUUCUCUUGCUGGAAGUGUUCUUUAUUUGAAAUCUUUGGACCUUUCAGAUAUUGAUAUUUUGAAAUUUGAUUUUCUUGAUCCACCUUCCUCCGAGUCUUUAGAAGAUGCUUUAAGGCAAUUAUAUCUCAUUGACGCUAUUGAUGAAAAUGGACAGAUCACAUCAAUUGGACGAACAAUGGCAGAGCUACCUCUAGAACCAUCACUUUCAAGAACCUUGAUGGAGGCAAAUGAAUAUGGUUGCUUAUCCCAGGCUUUGACUGUUGCAGCUAUGCUAUCUGCGGAAACCGCAUUGUUACCUGGUCGAAGCAAGGAUACUGAGAAGAAGAGGAAACAGAAUAAUCUGGACCUUCCCGAUGGUUCUGGCUGGGGAGAUCACAUUCAGUUGCUACAAAUCUAUGAGUGCUGGCAUCAAACCGACUAUAAUAUUGAUUGGUGCAAGGUCAAUGGCUUGCAGGUGAGAGGGAUGACUUUUGUUAAGGAUGUCCGGAAACAGUUGUGCCAGAUAAUGGAGAAAAUUGCAAAGGGACCACUAGACGUACGGAGAAGCCGAAGAUGGAGAGAGAACCAACAGGAUUAUUACCAUUUGAGGAAAGCUUUGUGUGUAGGUUAUGCAAACCAGCUUGCUGAGAGAAUGAUACAUCACAAUGGAUAUCGAACAUUAGGUUUUAAGGCUCAAACGGUACAGGUGCAUCCAUCAUCUGCUUUGAAACCAGACGAGGAAGGAAAACUCGCAGACUACAUUUUGUACCACGAGCUCGUUGCAACUACACGCCCAUACUUGCGUAAUUUAUGUUCUGUUGAUAUUAAAUGGGCGACUCCCAUCAUAAACAAGAUCAAUAAAGUCAAUGUUAAUAAAUUAAGUGGUGGCGUCGCUCAUGUUGAUGAUGGGAAACUCUCAGACUUGCCAAAGAAAGAUGCAGCCGCCGGAGCUCCAGAUGAUCAUGAAAAUAGAAUACAGGCGGCUAGGGAACGGUUUCUUGCUCGUAAAGGAAAGAAAUAAGCUCAUCCACGGUCCGUUGAUACUUAAUAAGCCUUUGCUGCUUCCAGUGAGUUAUGAGCCUAGCCUGUCGUCAACAGAAAUUCAAGCUGAGGAGAAGUGGUCUGUGAGACUCUUGUUAGUUUCGAAUUUCCAUCAAACGGUCAAGUCUCAUCCAAUUGAUCCAAAGGAUAGGAUCUGUUGAAGAUGUUUCACAUGUCUUCAGCAUUUAGCAAACCAAUGACUUGGGAGUUUUGAUGGAGGAUUUAUUAUCAUGGAGGCGUGGUGAUUGGUGAAGAUUGAGACGUCAUUGUCUUUGUGGGUUGCUGGGUUCUGCGCCAUAUCCUAACGGGAAAACACACAGCCCAAUGGAGCCGUGCUAUUUCCUAUUUGCAGGCGAAGAUUCUGUUUAUGAAAAAAUUUUCAGAGUUUAAGAUUUAUCUCACCCAUAUGAUUUAUAUUUCCUCUUUAUUUAUUUUUUUUUUUUUUAGGGAAACCAUAAGAAUUAUAUUAGUUUUGUCGCCUUUAGUAUUAAACAGACGAAAUUAGACAUUUGACGAAUGUCAUUUUAACGAAUCCAAGCAUAGUAUUUCAGGUUGAUAGAUUUAUUUUUAUUUUUAUUUUUAUUUUUUUAGACGGUGAGAUACUGAUGUGAUGUUAUAAGAGUCAACCGUACAUGCUUAGUGAAAGAAAGGUUAA